AUGAGAUUCUCGGCUGUGCUUUCUGAACAAGGAAAUGUCGAAUCAUUUGCAAAGUGUGUCGGUGCGGUCGCGAAAAUGUGUAAAAAGCAAUGUGGACUACGGAUCACCGAAGAAGGGCUGUGCUUUGUUGCAAACGAAACACUUCAAGGGCAGGGGAAUUUUCUUAGUACUUUGUGGGAAUGUCGCGAAAGAAAGGAAGUGAAAUGCGUUCUGGAACUUGACAAUACGAAGUCUUUGAGAAAAAAGUGGUUUGCCGGAUCUUGCUAA